AUUUGUUAACAUGGAGAACGUCGUCUCAGAGAAGCCGACCACGGCGUCGGAGCUCGAGGAGCAGCCCAAGGGCGGACCUGUCUACGAUGUCGGCGAGAAGGUCGACUUGGACAGAGCGGGCGCCAUCAAUGCCGAGGAUAUCGAGCAUAAGAUGACUGUGCUCGAGGCUGUCAAGGCCUACCCCGCUGCCAGUUGGUGGGCAUUCGUCAUGUCAUGCACGAUUAUCAUGGAGUCAUACUGCGUCUUCUUGAUGGGACAGUUCAUCGCCACACGUCGAUUCGCCCAUGAUUUUGCUUCAUGGCAGUCAGCAUUCCAGUGCAGCGGACCAGUCGGCGCCUUCAUCGGUGUAUUCAUCGCAGGUCCCAUUACCAGUUGGAUUGGUUAUCGAUGGGCAACCAUUGGCGGUCUCAUGUUCCUGAACGCCUUCAUCUUCAUCUUCUAUUUCGGCAACAGCCAGGGGAUGUUUUUCGCGGCCCAGAUCCUGGAAGGCAUCCCGUGGGGCAUUUUUAUCGCCAAUGCACCCGCCUACUGUGCCGAAAUUGUGCCAAUGAGAUUGAGAGCUCCAGCGACGCAGAUGUUGCAGAUGUUCUGGGCUAUUGGGUCGAUCAUUGUCGGCGGUAUCACUUACCACUACCAAUCCAAGGAUAACUCCUCAUCGUACAGAAUUCCCAUUGCGCUCCAGUGGAUGUUUCCUACUCCUCUCGCGAUCCUACUCUUCCUUGCGCCUGAAUCACCCUGGUGGCUCGUACGAAAGGGCCGUCUGGCUGAGGCAGAGAAGGCUGUCAAACGCCUUGGACGCGCGAGUGCAAAUGAUAAUCCCGCUGACGCAGUCGCAAUGAUGCGCCGCACGAUCGAGCUUGAGAAGACCCAGAAGAAGCCCAGUCUCGUUGAGCUGUGGAAAGGUACCGAUCGCUACCGCACAUUGAUUGUGUGCGGUGUGUAUGCAUCUCAGAAUCUGACGGGCAAUCUGAUUGCUAACCAAGCAGUUUACUUUUUCAAACAGGCCGGCAUGGCAGACAACACCGCAUUUGCACUUGGUCUCAUCACUUCUGCCCUCCAGAUGAUCAUGGUCAUGCUCUCUUGGAUUCUCACCACAUACCUCGGCCGACGCACCAUCUAUGUCUAUGGUCAAUUCAUCAACUGUGCAUUCUUGAUCGCACUCGGUAUUGCGGCUUCAGUUGGCCGUAGUACUGCAGCUAGCAAUGCGCAAGCAUCACUUGGCUUGAUCGUCUCCAUCCUGUUCUGCUUGGGACCCGCCCCUGCCUCAUGGGUCAUCAUCGGCGAGACCUCUUCCGUUCGUCUCAGGCCACUGACAACCGGUAUUGGACGAGGUGCCUACUACGUGGUCAACAUUCCUUGCAUCUUCCUUUCCAGCUACAUGCUCAACGAUGAUAAGUGGAAUCUGGGCGGCAAGAGCGCCUAUAUCUGGGCUGGCACCGCCUUUAUCUGCACCUUGAUGGCUUGGAUCUGGGUUCCAGAGAUGAAGGACAGGUCCUUCCGUGAGAUCGACAUUUUGUUCAAGCGACAUGUUCCGGCUCGCAAAUGGAAGCAGACAGUCGUCGAUAUCAACGACGAUGAGUAGAUGGAAAUUGCUGUUCGGAGAAGCCCUGAGUGGCACUGCUUGUGCAGGAAUGGGUGGUGGGCAUGAGUUUCUUACUUGAUACUUACAGGUGAUUAUUUUCAAGUAUGAGUCAAAGGGUGACAAGCACGUCGGAAUGUACUGCAUCCUCUACCAUGGUCGCUAAUGGCUGCUACUGUACCAGGCUUGCUUUUGGUAUAUCUGGUUCAAGAGGUGUUGCACUCCCCCCUAUCCC